AUGCUCGAGCCCAAGAGCAUACACGCUUCGAUCGAAUCGAUGAGCGUCGUGGACACCUCCUCCGACAUUGAAAAACUCGGACAAUCUGUGAGUUUUUUUUUCAAAUGUUCACUCGCAAAUUCAAAUUUUCAGUUUGUCGAAGAAUUGCGCCCGAGAAUGCUGCUCACCUGGCACGAUGUCACAGUUUCAGUGCGUGUUUUUUUUGUUUUUUGAAUUUUUACGCAACAAUUCCCAAAAUUUAAUUCCAGGACGUCUCGGAAUCGGAGAGUUCGCCGGGCCGCUUCGCAUUCUGCUGCCCAUCGUCGAAGAUUAGCGAUAUUGAGAAAAUACCGGACGAACGACGCAUUUUGGACAAUGGUAAACACGAAAUGGUCAAAAAUUGCAAAAACUUAAAUUUUCCCAACCAAAAGAACAACUUUUCAAGUCCAAAACCUUAAUUUUGAAUCAAAAUACGACGUUUCCUGCAAAAAUCACUCAGCCCGCUUUGAAAUUCGUAGAGCGCACUCGCUAAUUGUUUUACGUCUGAAACUAUGAAGAUCCCGUCGAUUUUAGGUAGAGCACACUUGCCAGUCCAUAAUUUUGUUGCAGUGUUCGGAGUGGCGCGUCCCGGAGAAGUGACGGCUAUCAUCGGUCCGAGUGGAGCCGGAAAAACGACGUUGCUGAAUGUGCUCACGAAGAGGAAUCUGGCGAAUGUGAAGACGGAAGGAAGUGUGAAAGUAGGCAUUUUUUAUUGA